AUGGGUCUGAGGAGGGACAGCCUGAAAGCUUGUCCGAGGGAGAAGAAGUCUAUGACCUUGCAGAAACUUUUUGAUCUUGAUUCUCCCAGAAAUGGUGCAAGUAAGCUUGCCAGGAGCAGUAACGGUUCUCCCAGGAAAGAAUGCCAGGAUUCUGAAAAUGAGGAAAUCUUCUCUUUGAUCCCACAUUGUUCCGUCUUUUAUACCUUCAAUAAUCCUCAGGAAUCUCCUUCACAGCAAGAUCUCAAGAGGCUUAAGCUCAUACAGCUGCUUUCCAUUAUAAAAUGCUCGAAAACCGCAUUCAGUCGUGAGGUUCUGUCGCUGCCUGGUCACAUCUGCAGAUUGUUUUCGACAUCUUCCACCGUCUGCUCUUGA